UCCUCACCAAGCGAAUACCUCGUCAAGGUUCAAUGUCUGAGACUCGCAUUUGAUCGGUUAAUGAAGAUUCCAGAUCAACGAAGUUGGAUGGUAGACAUUGGACGGAGCAACACAGAGAAACUUUUAGAAUUGGCAGGGGCCGACACCCCAACUUUCUGCCAGGCUUAUAACGAAAUGAUGGAAUAUGUAGGGGACUUGGGGAACCUGCAGUCCAUUAAAGAUGAAUUAAAAGUUCGACGAGUAGCAGCAGUGAACAUAUUCGAUAUCGUUAUAGACUUUUGUCUUCUUGAUUCCUUCGAUGAUUUGGACAUGCCUCCGGCCUCAGUUACAGCUGUUUUGGGGAACAGUUGGAUCUCACAAGGGCUAAGGAAAACCAUGCUCUCCACUGCAGUCUGGGGAAUGAUAUCAACUAAAACUAAAAAGGCGCAACCCGAUGGGUUCCUUUGCCGUUUUUACGCCAUUAUGGCAGUGGUAACCCCCUCUUUAGCGUGGGGCUUCCUCGGAGACGAUGCUGUGCUGAAACCUAUCUGUUCUUCCAUCCGGGAGAAUGUUAUGAAAAUGUUAUUAAAGGCAUUUGACGAAGAUCAAACGGAUUACUCGUCGCUUGAUAGCUUGGCAGAGGCACUCUACAGUCUACUCCAAAUGUCAGCAAACCAAUUACUGGAUCAAUUAAACGAUGCUAUGUCAUAGUAGUUUAUCUUACAGGAUAAUUGAGAGAUUGGAACCUUCGUUUCGUCAGACAAACUAUUAGCUAAAGAUGAAGAAUCACUUUGAUAUAAAUCGUACGAACAUAAGUUUGAACAUUUUUUUGAAGAGGAGAAAUUGUGGACCAAGAAUCAAGAUGACAAUAUUCGUGGAUUAGUACUUAGUCUUUCAUUCAGAUAUUAGAAACCACCCAAAGACUUGAAAUUAGAAACUGGAGAUACUAUAGUUAAAGUCUAUUCUUUGUCACUGUAUCUUCUUGCCUGCUUGUCUAGGAGAAUACGAGUGCAGAGUGACGAGACAUUAAUAUUAUUUUGUGCGUGCCCAAGUCUCUGAUAUGUUUGAUAAUUCAGUUUGAUAGUUGGGACUUGGCUUGAUAGUUUAACGGAUUUGUAUUUGUAUUUGUUGUGACAGUUACUUGUUAGGUUUGGAAAUUUAUAUUAUAUCAGACAGUUGUCUGAUUACUAUAAAUUACUUAGUAAA